UGAAAGUGCCUGUGGGCUUCUCCCUGGCGGCCUUGCGGGGAGGGAGAUGAGCUCCCGGGCGCCCCUUCCAGGGAGGCCGGAGGGACAGGGCAGCACAGAGCCCUCAGAGGGCAAGAGCCCCCCCCAGGGCUCGCUGCAGACCAUGCCCCUCUCCUCCAAGCCGCUCACGUCCUUCCUCAUCCAGGACAUUCUGCGGGACGGUGCCGACCGCGGAGCUGCGGGGCAAGGGAGGAAGAGCCGGGGAUGCUGCGGUGCCUCUCGCCCGGAGCCUGCGCUGGACGGUGCAAGCUCCGCUCCCCGGCCGCCAGCGGGGACACCCCUCCCUGCAGGGGUCCCCCCGCCGGCCCAGGAGCAGGCAGGAGCGCCAGCCCCAGAGGCAUAUAAGGAGACCGACCUGUCGGACUGUGAAAACCCUCUGAAAUCCUCACUGAUCAACCAAAGGACCCCGAAGCAGCAGAAGCGCUCACGGGCAGCCUUCUCCCAUACUCAGGUCAUCGAGUUAGAAAGGAAGUUCAGCCAUCAGAAAUAUCUGUCCGCCCCGGAGCGAGCCCACCUGGCGAAGAACUUGAAGCUCACUGAAACCCAAGUGAAAAUCUGGUUCCAGAACAGAAGGUACAAGACCAAAAGGAAGCAGCUAGCCUCAGAACUCAGUGGACUCGAUAAGAACUCUGUUUUCCCAGUCGUUAAAGAGGAUGAUGUCUCCAGGGCCGCUCUGAUUUCUGUGUAUAACAGCUACCAGUACUAUCCAUACCUGUACUGCUUGAAUGGCUGGAGUCCCUCUUUGUGAUAACUACAGCUAAAGACUUCAAUUUUUCCAAAGAGAAAAGCUCUUUUUAUUUUUACUGUUUUGCUUUUUCUAAUAAGGGGGCUGCGGGGAAGGGGGAGAAAGCACUUCUGACCAGAUUUUCAGUGAUGCUGAGCACCCUGCAUGCCCUUUUCCCUUCCAGGGAACUUGCAAGGUUCUCGACACUGCUACAAGUCUAGGAUAACAUUUUCCAAAGCACCUAAUAAUAAAUGCCACGCUUUUGUAUAGCGCUUUCCAUGGGUAGAUCUUACAGUGCUUUAGAAAGGAUUACAAUCUCCAUUCUGCAGAUGGGGAAACUGAGGUACAGAGCAAGGAAGCGAUUUAUCCAAGGCCACCCAGGGGCAGAGUCAGGAAUAGAACCCAGGCCCCUGAGUUACAGUCCACUAAACUAUAGUAUCAGCCCUUUUCCCUCAUUGAAAGUCAAUGGGACUUGGGCUCCCACGUGUUUAAGUCUCUUUUCAAAGUGGAACUUAGGUGCUUUGGAAAACUUUAGCCCUCCCCACGAGCAGCGUGUAAAAACUAAGUCAUGAUGAUGGUUUUGCACAGCAAUUGUCUCGGCAUGUUCAUCUAGGCCAUUAAUUCUGUGACACUGUAUAGUAUAUUUAAUAUUUAAGUACCUGGUCUUCUCAAAACAGAACACAGGUGGGGCACUGAAUGGGAAAAAAAUGGAGUCUGCAUUUUUUUUCCCCAUUAAAGGGAAACUAAGAGCCAUGUGGUCCUAAGGUGAAGACCGUGAGAUAUAUUAGAACUGUGUCAGCCAACAUGACAAACCCCAUUUAAAUUACUGUCCUGAACUGGUCAGUGCAUAUGUACACCACUGCUCUUUACUGGCUAGAAUUAGAACUGCAUAACUAUGUGUCAUAGCACCUAUACUGCACGUUAAAGUAGCUCAAGCGGUAAAGACCUUUGUUUUGAAGUAGAAAGUUUGCCGUUCUCUCUCUGCUGUGUCACUAAGUGAUGUGUAGCCACGAUGCGCUGCAUAGUAACAAACAUGAAAUACUAGGCGACAACAGAGGUGUUCCCAUAUGCAAUAAAUAUUGUGGGCAGGAUCCUCGGCUGGUAUCAAUCAAUUCUCUGAUUCUGAAGGAACCGUGCCAAUUUACACCUGCUCAGGUUCUACAGCCUACACACCAAUGUAUACCACCAGUAACUUGGCAGCAUGUACCAAACCAGAAGACAGCACAAAAUUCAGUAUCACAGUGACAGAUCUGUUUUGCAUAUCACCACGCUGAUGCUGUUUGAACAUUAACACACAGAAUUACUGUAUUAAAUACCUUAAGUUUUCAGCCUUCCUAACAGUUUAAAGAGAAGCAAUUCUGUUUGUAAAAUUAGAUGAGACAAAGCAGCCUUGUGCUUCAGAAGAGGCUCGCUAUUACUGGAAAGUUUUCUUAUGAUCACAGAGUUAAAUGAUCUUAUUGUUGUUAUUCACACUCACCAUUUGAGCAGACUAACAGAGGUGAUUCCUGCUUCUGUUUGAUACAUACCAUAUUAGCUUGAUGCUGCAUGAUGCAGAGCACCUUUUGAUCCUAUCUUCUUUUCUGGGGAGUGAGAAAGCUCAGAACUUUGCAGUAUACAAGGGAAACAUGGGAUAAAGCUUUUAUGCAUGGUUGUUAAGUGAAUAGCAAUAUUUUGACCUCUGUUAGUCUGUUCAAAGUAGCAGUGAUGGCUUUUAGGAGCAAAGGAAAUGCCUGCCCAUACAUAAAGUUUGAGGAAACAUCUAUUGUGGAGGAAAUAAAGGUUUUAAAAUAGAAAUGAAAUAAAAAUGCGGGGGGCGGGGAAUUACGUUAGAUCAUUUAUAAUUUCAGUGGACCAAAUUCUCAGGUAGUACAAAUCAGAUUAGUACAAAUUAGAACUAUGGCAAUUUAUGCCCUCUGAGCAUAUGUGGCUUUUUUAAAAAUCUAUCAAGCUCUUUAUAAUGGUGCCCAUCUUUGUAGUAUUAACCCCCCCAUCCCCCCAAACCACAAAAAGCUAAAGGCCUAAUUUCCCUCCCUUCUCCUCGAGGCAGUUGGGGCUGCAUAUCGUUGGAGUGAUUGCUUCCAGAAUGGGAAGUGUAAUAAUUUCUUUUCAGAGACAAGGGGUGCGGGGAAAUGAAGUAAUAUAUUUGAGUAGACCAGCUUCUAUUGGGGAAAGAGACAAGCUUUCAAGAGGACACUGAGCUCGUCUUCAGGUCUGGGGAAUUUUUAGAAAUCUUAUUUUUCACGAAAAUAUAUCUUUUGUCUCCCUCCUCCCCCAACACAAUAGAUCUGCAAACCACCCACACUUACAAGUAUCCUUACUCAUACCAGGAGACCUGCGGAAGUCCAGAAGACUCCUAUCGUGAGCCAGGAUUACUUAUGGGAGUAAGAGUUUACAGGAUCAAACCCAUUAAGGUGAACAAUUCACCAAUGCCACCAAUUUAUGGUCAUUGCCACUGUGUGAAUUAUUUGAAAUACAUGAAAGGAUAACUGCCUGUUUUCUAACUCGUCGGAAUGUAACUUCUAGUAUCUCUAGAUAACAUUUUUCUUCCAGCUCGUUCUUUAUUUAGAACCUAUUCAUUCUGAAAGGAUUCAGUCCUUUCUCUCAGUCAGCAUUAAGAGUAGAAGGUCAUCUCUGGGCUGUUACAAUAUGUUUCAAAUUCAAGCAUGCUGCUUAUCCACUUUCCAAAAGAAGUGAUCAUACAGUACUUAGAACAAAAGAUUCCUUAGGGUCCUACCUUGGGGCCCUGACUCACUUGAGGAGCCCCACUAACAUCGAUGGGAUAGGAUUACUCAAAAGGAGUAAUAGCUGCAGGAGCAAGCACCAAAUGCAGAAAUCCACAGGCACAUUUGGGCCCAACAGGGCAUGCCUUGCACCUUGUUCCAUCAUUUACACCAGUGCAAAAUGGGUGCAAAACACUUACCAUGCUGAUCUGGUAGCUUUACAUGCCUAUUCUGCACUGGUGUAAAGCUCCUCAUUCUCUGUUGCCCUGUACCUUGUGUGGUCAUUUAAAUCAGGGCAAAGCGGGUGUAAAACAUUGCCUAAUCAGAAUGAUACGGUCUGAUUCUUAUCUCACUUAUAUUGAUCUAACCCCAUGGAUCUCCAUGAACUUACUUCUGAUUCACACCAGUGUAAAUGUAGUAACGUCACCUACCUGGUCUGGCUUCAAGCUUUCUGCUGCCUCAGUUUCCCUUCACUUAGUUUCAAUUUCCCGACCUCCUCAGGAAGGGCUCACUGCCACACUCAAGUCUCUCCCCUGCGCAUAAAAUAUGGGCAAAAUAUCAACCACAAAAGCAGUUCCUCUGUCCAUCCUGCGCUAGAACGCCCAUAGGCUUUCCCCGUUGCCACUGUGGUGAAAGGAGGACUCACCCUUCCCUCCAGUCACCCUGCUUCAGGGCCCACAGCAGAGUUUUCUCAGUCUUUUCAUGGGGAUCACCUUCCCCCUUCCCAGCUGGGUCCGAUAACUGAGCAGGGCUGGCCAGCCCCAGACACCCUGGCCCUUAAAAGGGAUAAAGUAGAAGAAUAUGCACCAUAGAGUGUGGCUCACCCAUUUUGCACAGGUGUAAAUGAUAGGGCAGUGAAGAAUUGGGCCCCAUCUGCAGGGCAACAAUGGAUUUGAUCCAUUGUUCUUUAGUAGUCAUGGUAACUGAACACCCACUUGGCUAUUUCACCUGUGUCCCAGCUGUUCUGCUCUCAGUUUGUAACCUAGAACAAAACUCUGUUGGCUAUUCUCACUCUGAACUGCCACCCUUUGUAUUUUUAUGAAAAUCAGCCCAGUGGAAACGGUUGUUAUUUCUGUAUAUAUAUUUUGAUACUGUUUUUCCAAUGUGUGUAUUGUACUUCGGAAUAAAAAGUCUGCAUUAGA